ACCACUUCACUUGCGAUGUUUGCCGCUGUAUGUUAGUCCAUCCGAGCCCAUGGCAACUCAGAUGGUCGGCGUUUAAGCGAUGGGAGUCGUGUUGUCGCUCGUGGAGGUGUCUGUGAGCGUGACAGGCAGCAGCGUGGGUCUCUGCACGGUGCUUUGCGGUCUUCACUCCGUUUGCUCAGGCUCCGCGCUCCUGUGCACUGCGGGGCUGCAGGAAGUGCAUCGGGCGCAGGACUCUGUGGGGAAGCAUGCGGCCGAAUAUCUGAGCCGGCUCCGAAGUGCGUGGGACUCCCCACAGAAGGCUGCAUCAGUUUGGCUGCUAUCGCCUUUGGCGAUGUUGCUGUGGAUGCUCUCUCUGCAGUGCUUCCUUCUCUGCCGGGUGGUGUCCGUGCAGCACACAGGCCAAGUGGCGCUACCGGCCCUCGUGGGGGCCUUGGGAGUCUUGUUCGUGGCUCCCAAGCUCUGGUGGUAUCUCAUGAUGGCCGCUGGCCUCCUCGCGCCGCUGCUCACGCUCCUCGUGGCCGAGCAGAGCGCGUGCCGCGCGGACGCGGAGGCGCUGGCAGAGGCGGAGCAGGAGGCAGAGGGACCGGUGGAGGAGGCGGAUGAGGCUGCCCAUGUGAGCGACAUGGAUGGCGAGGGAGAGUGAGCCGGUGAGCUGUGGAGGUUGAAAAAGAAUCCUCAAGAAUCUUCAGUGCCUCCUGAGAUCGCCAGCGAGUUCGCUGAGUUCGGUUUCGCCACGGAUGGCCGGCAUGUAGUCCAAGACUCCCAGGGGCCUGGAAGUUGGAAGAGGAAGAUGGAUGUGUAUGAUGCUUGAAGGCCUACUUUUUCCUGUAACACAGGUCUGGGGCUCAACCCAGGUUUGGGACGUGUGAUUGAAAAUCCUGGAAGCUCCAAAUGUUUCUUGAAGUUUCUCGGUGUGGUGGAGGCUCUGGCUGAUUCAGGGGGGCCAAAGAUGGUCCCUUUUGGUUGGGGGGAG